AAAGCACUUUGAAUUACCAUUGGCUGCGUUAACACUUGGCAUUAAAAUGCGACCUGUAUCCGGAUGUUGUCCACAUACACAUUAUCCGAUCAGUGUGUUGUGGUCCAGAGGUAGUUGAGGACACAUUGUGAUCGGAUCUCAGUGUAAUGUAAACGCAAUCCAGCCAUGGUGUCUGCAUUUGCAGGUCGACACCCCCUUUUUCCCAAACUGUCAGAAAGAUACAGAACAACAGAGCAACAGAACUUGAAUUCACACAUAUCUGAAUUAUCAUGCACCAGAAGUUGUCGUGCCGCACCGCAGCAGUAUGAGGCUAUUUACACUGGACGGGACAAGACCGUUGCAAAUCAUUUGAACAGUACAUCAUAAACAGAACGAGGUAACAGUUUACUGUCUGGGAUUUGUCUUAUCGCGCCACACCACAUUGUAGACAGCAUCACUGUUUAUAAUGGCAUCUAUAGUAUUUUGUCACGUUCCACUGCACCGCUCAAGUCCAGUGUAGGCACGGUGUAAGACUUACUUGAAUAUUGCAUGGAAAAAAGAGAUCCGAUCGGUUAUCCAGAUAGAGAUGUCACUUGAUGUUGCCAAGUGUAAACGAGCUGUGUCCUGAUUGACUGAUGAUCCAUUCUGCUUGAUGGGAUCACGGUGAUCGCAUGUUAAUGCCAAGUGUAAACACAGCCAUUGUGUAUAAAAUGUGCUAUAUAAAUAAACUUGCCUUGCCUAACCGUUCAGACCUUGAUUAGCAAAACUCUGCAGGGCUGUGGCUCUCCAGGACCGACGUUCGCCACCCCUGGUAUAGCCCAUAGACUUGGCGUUUGAGGUUGCUGAGAGUGAGUUGGAUAUACCAGCCCUGCUGGAUCCAGAAGACAUGGCGUCCAUGAGUGUGCCUGACAGAUUGAGCAUCAUCACUUAUGUAUCUCAGUAUUACAACUACUUCACCAACAAAUCUCACACUGUCUCCACAAACAUAAAGAGCCCUGGUGGUCCUGGUCACAUCAAACCAGCCAUAAAGAGACCAUUUGCUUCUCCAGAGGGCCGUGACACUCAGACUGAGUCUGGUGCAGAUAGCCAACCAAAACGCAGUACUCUGAGCAGCACCUGUUCAAUCUGUGGAAAACAUGUUCACCUGGUUCAGAGGAUCCUUGUUGAUGGCAAACUUUAUCAUCGGAACUGCUUCAGAUGUAGGGAGUGCAGCAGAACUUUACUGCCUGGAUCUUACAAGUUCACAGAGGAUCCUGGAUCAUUAGUUUGCACACACCACUUCACCAGAUCUGCUUCAGAUGCCAAUCAGAAUUGUCAUUCAGAUUUGAGUGAUAAACUAGCCAAACUAACCUCAACAAGCCCAGAAGACCCAAACAAUAGGAGUUUAGAAUCUAAAGCAUCACACAGCAAUGCUGAGAUCACCCCGGAGAGAAAAGAAGAGGAAAUACCUGAAAUAGAUAAAGCAUCAAGUAAGCUGCCAGAUAGCAGAUCAGAAGUCGAGACAGAGCACAGAGCGCCUUGUUCUUCUAGUCCACCAAAUCCCUUUGAUGAAUCUGAAGAGGAGGAUCAGGACACACAACAAGACCACAAGCCAGCUGCUGGUGGGGCCAAUGGUGAUGAGCCAACAACGUCAGUGAAGAGUACAGCAGCAGAGGGUCGACCUGUUCCAGCACCUAGACGGGUUUUUGAGCCCACCCCUGCUCCUCGCCCUGUCCCCAGACCACGCCCACCCAGACCCUCUGAAAGCCCUAUUGUCAAUGGAGAUUCUGACACUCAAAUUUCUCAAGUUCCUGUGCCAAGAGAAAGAUUGCACUCACCUGCAAGCUCUAACAAGGCCAAUGACACCCCUAAACCAAAAGACCCACCCUGGCUGGCUCUUGUCCAUUCAGAAACCAAGAAGAAACCAGCACCUCGCCCACCCACAGGUAUAGCCAUACCUCCCUGCACUGGUUCAUCUCCUUCUCGCAAGGAGGAGGAAUCAAGACCAUCCUCUCCUCCAAAUCCCUUUGAUGAUCAGGAAGAGGAGCCAGAAAUGGCUCCUGAAGAUCCUCCUGGUCCUGUGGUGGCUAGUCACCCUUGGUAUGGGAUUACCCAGGGUGAAAUCACAGCUGGGGACACAAGAAGACAAAGUCCUGCCCCUUCUGAAAGUCCUGUAAGUGUCCGAAGGAAGAAGCGACCAGCACCCAAAGCUCCGAAUUCUUCUCUGUCAGCUUUUCCUUCAUCUCAGACUUCCUCUCCUGCUUCUUCUUUAGCUCUGAGCACAGAGAGCCUGUCCUCCUCUUCCUCAGACCACAGUGCAGUCCCCCAGCAACCUGCUGCUAAUGAACAGGACCAUUUGUUUACCAAGAGUGUGUCUGAACCAUCAAUCAACGUUCCUGCACUGUCCCAAAAAAAAAAGCUUCAACCUCACUCUUCUCCAAACCUGCCUCCUCCACCACCACCUACCAAUACCAACUCAGCACCAGCUACUCCUCAAACCAACCGCAGUGUGAGACCACCACUGUUCCCCUCUUCACAGACACCCAGCACUCCAGGCAAGCGCACUUGUAAAGAGAAUCCAUUUAAUCGAAAGACAACCACCUCUGUCAGCUCUUCUGUAUCCAGACCCCCAAAAGGGCCCCGUCCUGCACGACCUCCUGCUCCUGGACAUGGAUUUCCUCUCAUUAAGCGAAAAGUACAGUCAGACCAGUAUAUCCCAGUUGAAGACAUCCAUGUAGAGAUGAGUGAUCUGGAGAAACGGCUGGAUGAAUUAGAGCAUAGAGGGGUGGAUCUGGAGAAGAGCUUAAGAGAAUGUUCAAAUGAUGAUGAGGAGGAACAUCUACUUGUUGACUGGUUCACUCUGAUUCAUGAAAAGCACUUACUGGUACGGAGAGAGGCUGAACUGGUCUACACAGCCAAGCAGCAGAACCUGGAGGAGAGGCAGGCUGAUGUAGAAUAUGAGCUUAGAUGUUUACUUAACAAGCCAGAGAAAGAAUGGACAGCUGAAGACAAAGACAGGGAAAAGCAAUUGAUGGCAGAACUUGUCACGAUAAUUGAGCAGAGGAACCAGAUUGUUAACAGCAUAGAUCUGGACAGACAGAGGGAGGAGGAGGAAGACAAACUAGUAGCUGCUAUGCUAAAGAAAAAAGAGUUUCAUGGACAGGGUGAGCAGAAGAAGAAAGCAGGGAAGUUUAAGCCCAUGAAGGUUUUGAAGAGAUUGAGCACCAAGAAUGAAGGAGUGAAGGACAGCAGUCCCCGAAAAGAGAACAGCUGAAGAGUAAACUUACUGGAGAAAAAAGAAAGAAACAAACAAACAAAAAAAGAUAUACUAAAAAGAUUUAGUAAAUGCUUUUUAAGUCUAAUUAACGCUUUUGAAUAUAUUGCUAUAAAACAGAGCCAGUUGAGUUAAAUUUGCCUUUGAGGUAGUAGCAGCUUAACUGAUAUACUGCACUACUGCAGUACAUAAAAGUAAAAAAGUAACACUGUCUUGGUCAGAUAUGAAAAAAAAAAAUCUUGCCAAAUAUAUAAUCUUAUAUUGAUUCCUACAUUUUGAAGUAAAAGAAAAGAGUUUUUGACUAAAUUUUAACACAGACCUUUCUUUAAACUCAUCGUUAGUCAUAGGGAGAGCUCAACAGGAGGCCCAUUAAAUGGUAUGACAUUUAUUUUUGCCAAACUUAAUUUAAACUUGUUCUUUUAAUUUAUAUUUUUUUAUAAAUGGCAUGGAUGUACUGCAACUUGUGUUUCUGCUCACACUGAAGAGUGAACAAAAAAACAAAAAACACUUUUAGUGAAUCUUUUCAGGCCACAUUCAGCCCUUUCAUUUUAUUAAAUAAGCAUUGUGAAUUUUAUUUUAUUUUAUUUUAUUUUAUUAAAGAAGCAGAAUGAAUUACCAAUAUUGCAGUCUAUAAUAUUGCUAAGAGAAUAAGUGAAAAGCAUUUCCAUCUCAUGAAUGCUUUGUGAUUUUUUUUUUGGGGUAACAGGGAUUUGGUGUUUUUUGUCUGCCUGGAUUUGGUUGCACCAGCUGUGCUUAAUUAAAAAAAAAGAAGACGAAGAAGCCUGGUUUAAAAUGGCAAUUGAGUUACAGUUUACGCAGUAUUAAAUAUUCGAAAAUUGCACCAUUAAACUUGGUUCAAACAUGACUGUGAACAUAUAGAUAGAAUAUACUCUGAAUAAUGAUGGAAGCCUCCGACCACAUAGCAAAUUUUUAAACUGCAUCAAUAAGCUCAUGUUUUACCUGACAGAAUACAGUGCUUUAGACAUGUUUGUUUGUGUUGACAUUUACAUUUGUUUACUUUAAAAAAAAAAAAAGAAUGUUAUGUGAUUAACUGACUUGCAGCGCUCCAGCACUUAACCAGAUCUAAACAGCACACCUGUGUCCAUCGCUUUGUGCCAAAAAGAAAAAAAGUAUUGCCUCAGUAUUUAUUUUUUUUGCUCCUUAUUUUGUCAUUUACAGUGUUACUU